GACAAAUACAUAACCUUAAAGAUUCCGAUACGCCCAUGCGAACCACACCUCAGUUUGUUUCCUGUUGCAGAUUUGCGAUUUACCGAAAAAAAUAUAUAUAUUUGCAGAUUUGCUGCAGUGUUAUUUGAUUUCUGAUAAUCUUUAAUGGCGUCUUCUAAAGCAGACUGGUCUAAGCUUCCUAACGAACUCUUGGGUUUAAUACUAAAAUAUCUCCCCAUCGUUGAUACCAUACAUUUCAGUGCUGUCUGCCACUCAUGGAACUCUCUUGUAUCCGACAAAUCAUACCCACUAGCGCCUCAACUUCCAUGGCUGAUGUUACCUUACAUAGAAGGCGACGAAGGAAAAGAAACCCGCAAUUUCUUUAAUCUUUCGGAUACGAAGCUUUACCAGAUCAAGCUUCCAAAAGAGAUUCGUCACAGCAGAUGCGUUGGUUCCUCUUUCGGUUGGCUUGUGAUCCUCGAUGUAUUCUGCCGUGUUCUUCUCAUGAACCCUUUUUCUGGUGCCAUAAUCCAUACACCACCUACUGAAACCUUCCCUGAUGUUUUAGACGUUAAUUUGUCUAAAUCGUCUGGCGAAAUCGAUCAUUAUAGGAUUCGCCGAUAUGGGCCUUAUCGUGAGUGCUCAAUCUCUCCUGCAAGAUUAAGGGUUGCGCUUAUGACUAAGGCUCUUGUUACUUCAGAUCCUUCGGUUGAUAACAAUUACAUGAUCAUGGCAAUUGGGUUCUCUGGAUUGGCUUUUUGUAAAGCUGGAGCUGAUUCGUGGAUCUUAUUAGAUCGAACAAGAAAUUCAACCAAGGGUUGCGAAGAUAUUCUGUAUUUUAAUGGAUUGUUAUAUGUGCUUGAUGCUUAUGGAGCUAUUGUGGCUUGGGAUGUCAAUGGUCUUCCUCUUAAGGAGGCAAAAGAAGUUGCUCCGCCAUUAGAGGAGUGGUCUCUUAGAAGUCCCCAGACAUUUGGGGAUUGGUUUAUUAAGAAAAGGUAUUUGGUGGAAUCCUCAGGGGAUCUGUUGCAAGUUCUUCUUUGGUCUCGCGAGAUAAAAAGUAGGAAGAAUGCUUCUGAAUCAGCUGCAUGUGGUGUUUACAGGCUUGAUCCUAGUAAGAACACUUGGGUUGAAGUUGGAAGUUUACGUGAUCGUUUGUUGUUUUUGAGCAAUAAUUGUGCGAUUUCUUUAUCGGCUCGCAAUUUUCCUGAAUGUAGAGAGAAUUCUAUCUAUUUUGGUGAAUACUUCUGGAAGGGAUGGUCAUUGGAAGGUGAUCCUAAUGUGGCUCAUCAGAAUCUGGGCGUUUUUAACCUUGAAGAAAGAAGAUUUGUGUACUGUUCUUGUCCUCUGCAGAAGAUCAGGUCACCACCAGUUUGGAUAGCCCUAUCUCAUAUUUUUAAGGCUGUUUAUAAGACAUCAACUGAUUCGGUCAACCAGCAUUCUUCUGAUGCUCUUGAUAGUUUUGUUUUGUGGCCAUUGGAUGGUAUUCUAGCUGACCUAGCAAAGUCAUCAAGGUUCUGCCAAGGGCACCAAGAAGGUGGCCCAUCACACUUCAUCUAAGGUUUAUGCAGGAGGGACUGAAUGCACGGAGGUUCAAGAAGUUAUAUGCUAACAAGGAAGAUGUUCUUGUCCAGGAUAUCUUUUGGGAUUAUACUAGUUUGAAAAUAUAGAGAAUGGAGUGGGUAGAUAGUGUCAAGCUAAAUGGGCAAGAAGCAAUUGAGAAACAAGGUUUGAAAGUCCAGUCCAGCUAAUCUUCUGGCAAUGCGAGAGGGAAAGCUUGUUUUCCUUGAUUUUGGGAUGAUGAGAUCUCGGAAGAAGCAAGGUUUGCUAUUAUUCUGGCUUCUGUUCCUUGCAUGACCAACCCACUCACUGUCCUACCGUUGUGCUCUAAAAGUCAGGUUCGCUUCCAUAAGGGUGGGUGUGAACACUUCGAAGUGCCUAUGAUGAAAGGCUGGGUCCAAUACUGUGUGUAUAUCGGCUAUAGUACCAACAAUGAUCUCCUUGUCAAUGUGCACAGUCAGAAAAGGAAAAAUAAUUUGAGACAUCGCUUCACCCCCCCCCCUGUGUCAGUUGGGACUCAACAAGUACAUGGUAUUUAGCUCUCGGCUAUUCAAUCAAAAACGGAGGAAAGCCAUUACAGGGAGUGUGUGGCUGUAAUAUGCACUUUUCAAUUCUAGAGCAUUUGUAUUAUACACCCUGCCACUCCCUUCCCCCAAAAAAAAAAUUCCCUUUUACUUUUGCUUCUCUAUGGAUGUUGCUGUGAAAGAGAUUAUCAGGCUAUGCUCUGCUAUCAAUAACAUUGUACGAGCUUCCAAGCUUUGAUUCAGUCGAUGACUUCCUGCAAAGGGUGGCUACUUUGAGGGGUAAGCUCAAAAAGAGUGGUGAUGCAGAUGUCGAAGCCACAACAAGAAUAAUUCUGCAUGACUAUAAUGAGGGAAUGAGGGUACGUAUGCCAGACAUAAUUUGCUUUUUAAUAUGGUUUGUCUUUGGUUUAAAAAAGGGGAUAGGUGAAUAGAAGCUUAUUGAUAUCUCAAAUGUUGCAAUUGUUUGAAG